AUGGGCUGCGGGCUGGGCUACGCUACGCUCCUUUGGCUAUCAUUUUUUGCCAUCGUCGUCUACGGCGCCGAGCCUCGCCCCGACCAGCACAGCUACCAGCAGUACGCAGAUGAUCACUAUCACCCCACUACCACAGAAGCGACUUUCGUUACUUCGGUCUGGAACACCUUCUUCUUCAUUUUUGGGGGAAUCUCCUUGAUUGUCGCCAUUUAUACGCCCUGCAUCUGCUGUUUCGGGAUCAUCUUCAUCAUAGGACGGAUGAUCGAUGAAAACUCGAGGCCCCGGGUUAUGCCCUGGUUGACUCCACAGCCAGCGCCGGGCCAAAGAAGCCGUCAAAUCUCCGACACGAUGAGCUACCGGCUGGGCUACGCCACGCUCCUCUGGCUGUCACUGUUUGCCGUCGUCUACGGCUUCGCGAACCGCUAUGGGGAGCGACACUGGCGGGAGGACACGACCACAACCACCACAACCCCUAAGCCUGAUUUGUACCUGGAAACCGCCCUCCAGAUUGCCGCGUCUAUCGUGGGAUGUGUCUGCUGUUACGGGCCCUGCGUACUCAUUUGCCUGAUCGUCUACUGCUGCGCUAAGAUGGGCGCUGAAAACGCGAGACCGCGUACGGUGCCCGUGAUGUCGCCACAGCCCCCGCCGGCAACUCCCCGCCCGCAGACCGUC